AUAAAAAAAACUCAUUUGUACAUUUUUUUUUUACAUCGGAUUUCACUUUAUUGUUUCUCUCAGCCAAUAAAAGGAAGUGUAUGGGCCUAAACAGCUAGGCGAUACAGAGACUGUUAUACAAUUUGCGGAACAAAGAUUAUAUUGAAGUUUUUUUUGGAUCAACAAGAAUUUCUCGCACGAAUAUAUGUUAUAUCCUCUCUCUUGUAUAUAAUACUUUUCAUUUCGACACGCUUUUUGUUAGGAUUAUAUAGAGAAAGUUAUUUUAAUUGUAUUUAAUUGUACGAUGCCUAUGAGGAAAAUCUAACACUCAUAAAUAUUGUUGCCGUAUAACGUCAAAUAUAUGUAUGUGUGUAGAUACAUCGUGUGAAUUGAUAUUAUAAUAAUAAUAUUAAUGAUAAUAAUAGACCUAAAGUUAACAGUUUUUUUCAUAUACUGUAACGUAAGCAGCGGGAAAAAAUAUAGCGCUUCCGUUGAAAGCUUUAUCGUGAAAGAUUACAUUGACAAAUCGGUUACAAACUCGGUUACUAAGUCACAAAAAGUAAUACAAAUAUAUCUAUACAUAUUACUACUUAAUAAUAUUUAUAUUAUUAAUAUAAUAUUAUAAUAUUAAUAAAAUAUUUAUAUUAUAUUAUUACAUUAUAAUAUAACAAUUACAUUAUUAAUAAUAGUAAUGUGUAUACAGAUUAGCUCUUAAGGUAUUCUCUUUCUCUUUCUCUUUCUCUUUCUCUUUCUCUCAUUCUCUUUUUUCGCUUUCUCUUUUUCCAACAUACAAAUAAUCAAAGUCGUUUUAUCCAGUAUCAAAGAGACAUGUUAAUUAAAUCUAUUAUAAUCUAAUAUAGGCAAAAAAAGCAAAGCGCAUGCGUGCGUGCACGCUUUUCUUCAGGCAUAAUCUCUCUGCUUGAUGUGAUAUAACGAAGAUUCUUUUUCUUUUUAUAAAUCAGUGAUCAUCUUACGAAUGCCUAACAUAUAAUAUUUUAGAAAAAACACGAAAAUACGUUGAGAAUUAUUGAAGGUUCGAAGAGAUUACAUCGAUUAUCGUAAAUAUUUGGUCGAUUACGCGUUACCUAAUUGUUUAUUAAAAAUCGUUAAGCUUACUAUUUAAUAUUAUCACUAUAAUGCCGCAUAAUAAUAAGUUUAUUUAUUUAUAUCUCAAAAUGUUUAAUCAACUUAAAACAGUUAUAAAAUUUUAAUAACACAUUAUAAAAUUAAUUAAUAACCCUGAAAUAUUAUAAUUAUAAGUCUACUUUUCUUUUUUUUUUUUUUUACCCGCUAACAAGCGCUCUCUCGCGUGCGUUUGUUUAUUUUUUGCGUAAUUGUUGUCUAUUUAUUUGUCUGAAUUGAAUAAGAAGGUAUUAUAUUAAUACAUUAUCAUGUGUCAUCUUAGUUAAAUUAUUAGCUUGCAAAUCAACUAUCAUCAUCGAAUUUUUGUUACGAUGAAAUAGUAAGACAUAUAAUUAAAACGUAUAAUUAAUUACAGAUUAAUCAAGAUAUUACGAAUACAUCCUAAUAUUACUUUGUUUGCUAAGUAAGAAGAAAUUCGCCAAAUAACACGUACCUUAGACAAAUAACAAUAUAUACUAUCAAUUAUAAUGAGACUAUAAUUCAUACAUAGACCGUCCUCGAUAUUUAAAAACACAUAUCCUAAAUGAAUCAUUUUUUUCUUUUUUUUUUUGUGGCAAGAAUCGAAGUUAAAAACUCGAAUCUCACCGAUUUUUUCACCUUCAUUUUUUUUUUUUAUUACUCUUUUGAGUAAAAACGUUAAUAACGUUAAUAAAGUGCUCUUAUUUUAAAAUCUGUACGUUAAUAUACAUUACAUUCGGCAUGGAGAUUCUUUCUCGAUAUCGAGGGGAGGAAUUACAGGGAGUUAUAAAUACAUUGGAAGAUUAUUCUUUCAUCAAGUUAUUCAGUUCGUCUUGAACGAAAAAGCAAGUUAACAACGAGAAGUUCGUAAAAACAAUUCUCGAAUGUUGCCAAAAAUAUAUUUGAAUAUUCUUCAAACAUUGAUAUAUUUUGUAUAUGUGAAAAAUAAAAAAGGGCAAUCUCCCCCCUCUAUGUUUAACGCACAAUCGAAUGAAAUUAUCCUCUAAUCGUCAUAUACACGUUCGUUUGUUAGAGGCAUGGAACUCCUCACCAGCAGGUACGAUCGGAACAAAUCGCAUUCCUAAUGACAUUUGGAGGAUAAGUGAACGAUUGCAGCAGUGAUCAUGACGUAUAACAUUGAAGGCUGACAUUGAAUAAUUAUCAGGAUGUAAUAACAUUUUAUGUGUAUGUGUGUGUGUGUGUGUAUGGUUUUUUUUUUAGUAAAUAUAUAUUCUUCUCCGAAGGAAAACUCGAAAAUUUGAAAUUUUAAUGAAAGUUUGCUUUAUUAGAAGAAAAAUAUUUCUCUAGAUAAAGAGACUUACAGCGAUACAAUGUCUCCUUGAAGUUUGGAAAGCAAACGGAAAGGUUCCCUACACAUGUGCAACAUGCCAAAAUUAUCCAAAACACUGAAUCACAGCUUUGAAUUAUGCAUUCUUAGAAAAUCUUCCCCUCCUCGCAUUUACAUACGUUCAUCGGAUGAUAUUUCUGGACGUAGUCAGUAAAUGUGACGUAAACAUUGUGGGAGUAUCCGAAAAUUCGGAUCUCAUUUCUCUUCUUUUCUCUCUCAUUCGUAGGCGUUGAAGACGCAUUUCGAGAGCGCGCCUAUUUAAGCUUCUCGCGUUUAUGCAGUUGAAUCAGUCGAAAUUCGUAUUCCUGAACCGUGUAUACCUUUCCCUCUGAUCUAGUUCUUCUUUAACGAGAGGAAAACAAAAGAAAUAUUUUAAGAUGUCGGUCGUGCCUCUGAUAUUUCGCGAUUGGUGGGACGAUUUCGAACGUCCAGUGUCCCGAUUGAUGGACCAACACUUCGGCAGAGGAUUGAAUCGAGACGACUUGUUAUCACGGUUUUCCGAUAUCAGCUUCGAUAGACCUCUACGCUCGAUAUUUCGCGACAGAUAUUACCGUCCGUGGAGAAACGUGACAUGUCAACCCUCGAGCGGAUCCAGCACGAUUCAACUCGACAAUAAGGACAACUUCCAGGUAAUACUGGACGUUCAACAAUUCUCACCGGAAGAGAUUACGGUGAAGACGGUCGGUAAUAAUGUUAUUGUCGAAGCAAAACACGAGGAGAGACAAGACGAGCACGGAUUUGUCAGCCGACAAUUCAUACGGAGAUACGUCUUGCCUCCAUCUCACGACGUGAUCAACAUUACCUCGAGUCUAUCUUCAGAUGGUGUUUUAACUAUCACGGCACCCAAAAAGGGAGAAACAUCUAGUGGAGAUGAACGAAUCAUUGAAAUCGUGAAAACAGGAGAACCAGCGGGUAAAUCGAUCAAAGUAGAAACGACUACAGAAGAAAAAUAAUAUAUAUUAUCUUCGAAAUUUAUAAAUUUGAAUUAUUAUUUAAUUUAAACAUGAUGCUUAUUAUAAUUAAUAUUUCAUAUUUCCAUAAAAUAAUUUAAAAUAAUAUUUUACACAAUAUUAAAAAUGAUAAAAAGUUUAAACAAUAUUAUUAUAAAUUGUUCUAAAAUAUAAAAAAUUUUAUAAUUCAAAAAGUAUGUAUUUAUUUUUUAAUUAUAUAAAUAUCAUUCGAUGUUCAA